AUGGGAAGCCCUGAAAUCUCAUUUGAAGAUGAAUUGUCCAAUAGUCCUCCCUAUCCAUUAACACUUAAAUUCAAUGAAUUAAUCGCACCUUCAAAAACAUCGCGAACAACAAGAAGACAUGAAAAAAAUCCCGAUUCAUUACCGCCACCAAGGCCUCAAAAUGCUUUCUUUUUAUUUCGUAGAGAUUUUAACGAAAAAUUAAAGCAAAGAGGAAUAAAAUUGAAAUUUGAAGAGUUCUCUCGUUUGGCAGGCAAAGAGUGGCGCAAGCAACCACAAAAA